CCAAAAUGGUAAGUUGAAUUACUGUGAAUAAGUACGGUCGUACUACCCAUACGAUGACCGAUUUUGUGGAGAGCACGGUUUCUCACCGCAAUCGUAGACUCGCGGUCCUAAGAAGCAUUUGAAGCGUUUGAAUGCACCCAAGCACUGGAUGCUUAACAAGAUGGGAGGAGUGUGGGCUCCUAAGCCUAGCUGUGGUCCCCACAAGCAGAGAGAGUGCCUUCCUCUGCUGUUGAUCAUCCGCAACCGUCUGAAGUACGCUCUGACCAAUCACGAGGUCAAGAUGAUCUGCAUGCAGCGUCUGGUCAAGGUGGACGGCAAGAUCCGCACGGACUCUACCUUCCCCGCCGGUUUCAUGGAUGUGGUGACUCUGGAGGGUUCUUCCGACCGUUUCCGUCUGUUGUACGACGUGAAGGGCCGCUUCGUCCUUCACCGCAUCGACGAGAACGAGGCUCAGUACAAGCUGUGCAAGGUUGUGAAGCGCCAGCUGUCGAGCAAGAAGAUCCCGUUCAUCGUGACUCACGAUGCUCGCACGAUCCGCUUCCCUGACCCCACCGUGAAGGUGAACGACACCGUGAAGGUGGAUCUGAAGACGAACAAGGUGAUCGGCCAUGUGAAGUUCGAGGUGGGCAACCUGUGCUUCAUCACGAAGGGACACAACAUUGGUCGUGUGGGAGUGAUCGUCCAUCGUGACAGACACUUCGGAUCCUUCGAUAUUGUGCACGUUCGCGAUGCGGCGGGUCACGAGUUCGCCACCCGUCUGAGCAACGUGUUCAUCAUCGGCGAGGGCAACCAGCCCAUGGUGUCUCUGCCUAAGGGCAACGGAGUGAAGCUCAGCAUCAUCGAGGAGAAGGAGAUGAGAGAGAAGAAGAACUAAUCGCUGGGUUGUAGCGAGAAUUUGGAGU